AUGCAACAUAAACCAAUUGAUCCAUGUUUGUUAAAAGAAGUUCAUACAGCUAAUAGUGGAUUUAUAUCUCUUAUUGGAUUAGUACAUCUUAAUGUUCAAGUUAAUCAUUUUACUACAGAUGUUGAUGCAUAUGUUACUCGUGAUCUUGUUUGUCCAAUGAUAUUAGGAAGAGAUUGGGUCCAAAUGAAUCAUGUUAAUAUUAGUUUUUCCACCAAUCGUAUUUACCUUCAUGAUGGUAUUACUUCGGUUCCCUUAUUACCUAUUCCUCGUCAUGAACAAUUAAUCAUGUCUUUACAACAGGCUGUUACUAUUCCAACAUUUCAUGAAAAAUUUAUUUGUGGGUAUGUACCAAUUAAAACAUCAAAUGAUGUACUUUUUACAUCGAAUUUAGCAUUACAACAUACUAAACUCGUCCUCAUUCCUCAUGCUAUUCUGUAUAUUCGUGAUUAUCAUGGUAUUAUUUCAAUCAGGAAUAAUAUACAUCGUCCAAAAAUUAUUCCAAGAAAUACUUCACUCGGACUUAUUUCUCAAUCAACUGAACAAUUUCACGUCAAUGUUAUUCACCAACGGACCUUGAACUAUCGUAGUUUUUCUUCUAUUCCUUCAUCUUUAUUUUCAUGUCCUUAUUGUUCUAUUAGAUUUUGUAGUGAAACUGAACUGUAUCAACACUUUCUCACUUGUUGUAAUAAACAUUUAUUACACGAAAAUAAAACAAUUGAAGCAUUAGUCGAGCAUAUCAACGAUCCUACUCGACGUAUGACGGCUUGUCCAAGCGUAACGCGAUGA